AUGAACGGUGCAUCAAGGGAGGCAGCACAGGCCUGCUGGGACUCUUCUCUCCAGCACUGGCUGAGCACUACCACUCAGCCUCUGAGGACGACUGCCAGUGUCACACCUGGAAAAGUUUCUCAAACAACACCUGGACCUUCAGUGAGACUGGUCAACUCUGCCAGCCGCUGCUCUGGCAGAGUGGAGAUCUUCCACAAUGGCCAGUGGGGAACGGUGUGUGACGACUUCUGGAAUCUGAAUGACGCUCAGGUGGUUUGUCGACAGCUGGGCUGUGGCAGGGCUGUGGGUACACCGCAAGGGGCACACUUUGGACAAGGCACUGGACAAAUCUGGUUAGAUGACCUUCAGUGUUCAGGACGUGAGUCUUCUUUACAAGACUGUCCACAUGGCGGAUUAGGGAACCACAACUGUCGCCAUUCUGAGGAUGCUAGUGUCAUCUGUGAAGAAAUUGCUCCUCCAACACCAAGUGUUCCAGUGAGACUGGUCAACUCUAACAGCCGCUGCUCUGGCAGAGUGGAGAUCUUCCACAAUGGCCAGUGGGGAACGGUGUGUGACAACUUCUGGAAUUUGAAUGACGCUCAGGUGGUUUGUCGACAGCUGGGCUGUGGCAGGGCUGUGGAGGCACCACAAAGGGCACGUUUUGGACGAGGCACUGGACAAAUCUGGUUAGAUAACCUUCAGUGUUCAGGCAAAUCUCUCAAGGUUACUGUUUUUCUAUUCUUUGGUGUUUUAGACCAUCAACCUGUACUCCAGGCCUCUCAGCUCAUUUGCUCCCCUUAUCAGCUUGUAGUUGGGGUGCAGCUGGACAGCCUGCUGUCAGCUGGUUUGAACCCAUUGUCUGGUCACCUGGCAGCCCCUUACUGUACAGGCUACAGAGUGAGUCAAAACACUGUCUGGUACCAAGUGGCACGUCAGGCUGGCAUCUGCGGAACUGUACUGACGACCAACACCACCCAUGCCAUCUACUUCAACAGCUUGUAUUUCUACCCUCCAAGUAACGGGUCCAUGGUUCUACCUGAGAUUAUUACAUUCACCUGUGUUUAUCCCUUGGACACCAAAACUAGCCUAAACACUGAAAUCAGACCACAACUUCCUGGGUAUGGCCUCAUGGGGUCAGGUUCCAGAGCCAGAGCCUACAUGAAUCUGUUCUGCGACUCCAGUUUUUCAAACAGCUAUCCAGGGGGCCAGGUCAUCCUGCCAGUGGGCUCUGCACUGCAUGUGCAAGCAUAUGUGUUUGAGAAUGAUCCAAGCUUUGCAGUUGUUCUGCAGGACUGCUAUACCACAAACUCUUCAAACCCUGAAGACCCCGUGCGAUACUAUCUCAUCCAUUCUGGGUGUCCUACUGACUCUCAUCGUGUGUCGGUGGUUGAGAACGGCCUGUCCCUCCGUGCUCGUUUCUCUGUCCUGCUCUUCCCUCUCCAGGAUGCAGACCAGUACAUCUUCUUACACUGCAGAGUACGCCUGUGUGACAACAGGAGCCAAAGCUGUGCUCCAGUCAGACAUCAAUCCUCUCACUCAGUCGAAAUAAUCAAUCUGCAAUCAGUGCUUUAUACCCAACCACUGGGUUUAAGUCUUUGAUCAUUCUCCCCCCUCUUAUUUCACAGUUUUGCAGAAGACGGACGUAUCGUUCUGUUGAUGACUUUGACCAGUUUAUAUUUGUCUCUGCUGGACUAAUCACCUGUGACUACAAAAUACAAUCUCAUAUCUGAGCUGAUGUCUCAACACUGUGAACUGUAUCAAAGUUAUAAACAUGUUUUCUUCUCCUUUCAUUCUGAUCUUUAGGGAUGGACUGACAUCUUAAUGGAGUGAGCUGAUAAACUUAUUAUUAUUUUGAUUUUGUGUGUGUGUAUCAGGAUAUUUGUGUCAAACAUAUUAUGAGACAGUGAAAGCAAUAGUGAUUACUUUUUGUUGCCUGUUUAACCCUCUCAUGCCAUCCAAAAUUCCUUCUUUCUAACAGAACAUUGUGUUUAGGUGUAUAUUAAUAAAUGUACUGCAUGCUUUGAUAAGACAUGGAUCAGGUUCAAUGGAGAGGAAUACAGAUAUAUAACCCUUUUGAUUUAAACAUUCACAUAGCCUCUUGUGUCAGACAAAUCUCUUUCAUUUCUUUACCAUUUUUUUUUCCAAUAAAUGUUUUCAGCCCAACCCGUCAUAGUUAAAGCCCCGAUAAGUAUGAUAUGAUCAUUUUUUGACUUUGUUGACCACUAAUAUUGGUAUCAAAAAUUAUACUACUGGUAUGUAGACUGUAGAGCACAAAAUAGCCUGGUGACUGACCCUUCAUGUCUUUAUUUUUUUCUCUUCAUGUGAAAAACUGCCUGGAUGUUAUUGUUGGAAGCUCACAAGAGAGAUGUGUUUGGUGAUUUUUAUCCAACAUGUUGACAUUAUGUGCAUGUUUUAUGAGCCGUGUCAAAGCCUAAAAGUCUAAUUAUCAUUGUCUUGAGAAGGACAAUAAAGGUUUUUUUCUGAUCUACACAAAAAGGUGUUUUGUCUUAACUAUGUUGUCAUUGUCAAUUAUUAAACAGGGUAUCUGCAGGUUUCAGUAAGUUAAAUUUAAGACUUUUUAACACCUUUUUAAUGCCAUCUUGAAUGGAAUUUAAGACCGAAAAAACUAUAAAUAUAAGCGAUGGUUGGGGGAUCCCGCUGUACUAUAACCAGUGCUGAAUUUGUAAAAUUAGAAGUGGGGGAACACUUUUUUAAGCGGCACCAGAGCCGCUUCACUGCGCAACUCCGAAUGGAAUGGUUGUGACAUCUAGUGUUGUCACGGUACCAAAUUGGGACCCAAGGUACGAUACCAGUUAAAGUAUCAUGGUUCUGAGUAGUAUCACGAUACCACAGCAAAAAUUAGGCAGAUGUGCCUUUUGUCAUUUAUAAAAAGAUGAAUCACUUUUCUAUAAUACAUCAAUGAUAUUUCAAUGGAAUAAAUUACUUAUUGACUUAUUCAUAGAAAAACAGCAUCAAUCAGUGAUUAACAUAGGGGGGAUUGAAAUAAAAUAAAUAAAUAAAAUAAAAAUCAACCAGCCACCCUCCUCCCCUGACAAGUAAAGAACAGUCCCUAAAGUGCGGUGAGGUUUGUGGACCAUUACCUGCCACAGAGUGAAAUGUGAACGGCAGUCAUGACGCCAACAAAAGAGGAAAUUAGGCUACUGGACCUGGGGUCGGAUUUCUCUGUUGCCACCGGUAAGCCGUUAUUUUGCGCCGCAGAGCCUCUGUAGGCUAUUUGACCACCAUAUUCCUGUCUGUGACCCCCGUUCAACCCACAACUUGCAUGAUUCACCUUUCAUUUCUGCUGCUGGUUGAA